AUGGCUUCCACCGAUUACAAGUUUGAGGGCUGGAUGGCUCUCGAGCCCAAGGCCGCCGAGGGCAACAUGGUCUGGCAGGAGUUCGAGCCCAAGCCCUGGGAGGAGACCGAUAUCGACAUCAAGAUCACCCACUGCGGUAUCUGCGGCUCUGACAUGCACACCUUGAGAAGCGGCUGGGGUCCCACCAACUACCCUUGCUGUGUCGGUCACGAGAUCGUCGGUGUUGCCGUCCGCGUUGGCUCCAAGGUCGAGGGCGGAAUCAAGGUCGGAGACCGUGUCGGUGUUGGUGCUCAGAGCGAGUCCUGCAUGGGCCGCAACGGCGACUGUGAGGCUUGUGCCUCUGGUCUCGAGCAGUACUGCCCCAAGUCCAUGGUCGGCACGUACAACGGCGUGUACGCCAACGGCGGCAAGUCGUAUGGUGGAUAUGCCACCUACAACCGCGUUCCUUCCCGGUUCGCUGUCAAGAUCCCCGACGCCAUCCCCUCCGCCGUCGCUGCUCCCAUGCUUUGCGGUGGUAUCACCACUUACUCCCCCCUGAAGCACUUCGGCUGCGGUCCCGGCAAGCGCGUCGGUAUCAUCGGUGUCGGUGGUCUCGGCCAUUUCGGUAUCAUGUUCGCCAAGGCCCUCGGUGCUGACAAGGUCGUCGCUAUCUCCCGCAAGGGCAACAAGAGAGAGGAUGCUCUGAAGCUCGGAGCCGAUGCCUACAUCGCUACCGACGAGGACUCCGAGUGGGCCCAGAAGAACUCCCGCUCUCUCGACUUGAUCAUCUCCACCGUUUCUUCCUCCAAGAUGCCCAUCACCGACUACGUCCAGCUGCUCGACCGCGACGGUGCUUUCGUUCAGCUCGGUGUCCCCGAGGAUGGUUCCCUCUCUAUCCCCGCCCCUGCUCUGAUCUUCAAGCGCGUCAAGUUCAGCGGCUCCCUCAUCGGCUCUCCUAGCGAGAUCGGCGAGAUGCUCCAGUUGGCCGCAGAGAAGAACGUCCGCACUUGGGUCGAGGAGCGUCCCAUGAAGGAUGCCAACACUGCCAUCGUCGAUAUGGAUGCUGGCAAGGCCAGAUUCCGUUACGUUCUCUGCAACGAGCAGUAG